GGGAGGGCCUCAAAGCCGAGAGGAGGCGCAGCAGGCGCUGCAGGAGCUCCGCGCGGGCUCCGAAGCGAUGUCGCUGCUGCCACCUUCCCUCGGGCCGGGGCUGCGCCGCCCGGGCUGAGCCACAGCGCCAGCAGCUAGCCGAGUGGCCGCCGAGCAAGAUCACAGCGCGGGAGGAUGGGCUGCGGCGGGAGCAGGGCUGAUGCCAUCGAGCCCCGCUACUACGAGAGCUGGACCCGGGAGACAGAGUCCACCUGGCUCACCUACACCGACUCGGACGCGCAGCCCAGUGCCGCUGGCCCUGACACUGGCCCCGAGGCCGGUGGCCUGCACACGGGUGUGCUGGAAGAUGGACCGUCCUCUAAUGGUGUUCCCCGACCUACAGCCCCAGGUGGAAUAUCCAACCAAGAGAAGAUGAUGAACUGUGGGACCCAGUGCCAGAAUUCCCAGAGCCUCAGCUCAGGCCCUUUGACCCAGAAACAGAAUGGCCUUUGGACCACAGAGGCUAAAAGAGAUACCAAGAGGAUGUCUGCAAAAGAAGUCACCAUUAACGUUACAGACAGCAUCCGACAGAUGGACAGAAGUAAAAGAAUCACAAAGAACUGUGUCAAUUAGCAGAAUGUCCUCUGAGUAGAAGAGCCGAGGGACUUCUGAAGUGCCCUUCAUGGUACUGGUUCCCAUCAAGCAACCUUAAAGAAGAGAGCCCCAUUUGCUAUAUGUGGACACUGCUGAAUGAGAGAUGGUUUUACCCGGCCGCAAAACAACAACAACAACAAAAAC